AUGGCGGCCGACAAGGAUCCCCGAACUCCAUUGUGCAAAUAUGUGAAAAAUUAUAUGAAGAUUCAUGAACAGACAGAAAAUCUCAAAGGAAAGCUGGCCGACUUAAAAUCCUGUAAACAACGAAUCGAAGAGAAAGUGACUGCAGAAUCCAGGCAGGUGAUAUCACCACACCUAAAACCUGACGUCGUUGAAUGGUUGAAGAAUACCGAGAAGAUCAUUGAACAAGCACAAGACAUUGAGCAGAAAGUGAAAGAAGCCAAAAUGUUCUCACUCAAACAUUUCCAACGUGAAAUUCAAGAUGUUGCCAAGAUGAUUGAAGAAAUGGAGAAACUUCGUCGGAGUGGUUUAGAGCUUGAGGGUCAGAAGUUGGUGAAUGAGGCACCUCUUGCUCGCGGAGUGGAACGUACAACAACAACAUUAAUAGGUGAAACAAUGAAGAAAAAUAUGGGUGAAAUUUGGGAAUAUUUGACGGGAAAUGAGGUCGUGAAGAUCGGAGUUUGCGGUAUGGGAGGGAUCGGAAAAACAAAUAUCAUGGAACAUAUCAACAACAAACUCCGGAAGGAUGCACAUGAUAAGUUUGAGUAUGUCGUUUGGAUCACUGUGUCUCAAGCGUUUGAACUUGUUAAAUUACAAGAGCAAAUUGCAGCUGGCCUCGAAGUAACUCUCAAAGAAAAAAAUGAUACGAAAAUCCGGGCGGAGACGUUAAAGAAAGAGUCUGCUAAAAAAAAGUUUGUGUUGAUAUUGGAUGAUAUGUGGGAAGAAAUCAAACUGGAGGAAGUGGGGAUCCCUGAGCCUACUAAAGAAAAUGGAUGCAAAUUAGUGAUAACAACUCGUUCGAUAGAUGUCUGCGACUUGAUGAAAUGUAAAGUUCUCGAACUGAAGCUUUUAACAGCGGCUGAAGCUUGGGGGUUAUUUUCAGAGAAAGUGGGAAACAUUAACUCGGAUGAUCCAGAAUUAGAAGAAAUUGCAAAUUCUGUCCUUAGGCAAUGUGCCGGCUUGCCUCUUGCCAUUGUCACAGCAGCUGGUAGUAUGAAAGAAAGACAUGACAUUGAAGUUCGGAGAAAUGCACUUGAAGAAUUGAGUCAAAAGAAAGUGGAUAUAUGUAAGCAAUUACGAAUCAGUUAUGAUCGUUUAAAGGAAGAAAAACUUCGACAUUGUUUCUUGUAUUGCGCUUUGUAUCCUGAAGAUUUCAAAAUCUCAAAGAAUGAGAUAACCGGUUCUUGGAUUGCGGUAGGACUUGUGGAUAAAAGGAAGAGUGUUCAAGAAAGUUAUGCUGAGGGCCUUUCUAUACUGAAAAUAUUUGUGAAUAAUUUCUUGUUGGAGAGUGAUGGUGAUGGAAGAUGGGUGAAAAUGCAUAGUUUAUUAAGAGUCAUGGCAGUGCAUAUUACAAGUGACAGUCCUCGAUUCAUGAUAAAAUCUGGAUUACAAUUGAGAAAAUCACCGGAGGAAGAAGAAUGGGAAGAAACUAAUCCUGAGAGAGCAUCCUUAAUGUGGAAUGAAAUAUCUGAAAUUCCUUCAAAUAUGUCUCCAAAUUGUCCAACUCUUUCAACCUUGUUGCUACAGAGAAAUCCCGUGGAAAAAAUUCCUGAAUCUUUCUUUGUCAACAUGAAGGAGUUGAAGCUUCUUAAUCUUUCCUACACCAAAGUUGAGGCUCUGCCGAGCUCUAUAUCCGACUUGACGAAUCUCCGCACAUUGUUGCUCCAAUUCUGUGAAAAAUUACAACAUGUCCCUUCUCUUGAAAAGCUUUCCUCUCUUCUCACUUUGGACCUCCGAUGCACAAGCAUAAAAAAAGUCCCUGACGGCAUCGAAAAGUUGGUAAAUCUUACAUAUCUUAAUCUUUAUUCACUGAAGAUAGAUGAGUUACCAACAGGGAAAGAGCUAUCUCAAUUAAAGGGUCUUCAGGAAUUGAGAAUAUAUUGGGGGAAGAAAACUUCAGCAGAAACGGUGGAAGAGGCGGCUAGAUUGAAUAAUUUGGAAACUUUUGGGGGGCAUUUUCAUAAACUAGAUGACUUCAACCUGUAUGUCAAAUCCUUGGAGCCUGAACGUCAAGCACCGAAAAGUUACAAUCUUCUGCUGGCGCCGGCAUCGGAAUUUGAUAUGUCAUUUCCUGUAAAAGAUGUUUAUAUGAAAGAUGUAACCUUGUGGGAUUUCAACAUCAGUGAAGGAGAGGGUUCUGUUGUGAUCCCGAGUGACGUGAAGCGUCUAAAGAUGAAUCACUGCGACGUCAUAAGAAGCUUAAAUGAUGUUAUGUCUAGAGGAAGAGGACUUACAGUUCUCUGCAUCCAUGGUUGCAGAAAUUUACAACAGUUGUCAUCAUUUAAGGUGCUAAGCGGCCUGACAAACCUGGAAGUCAUUGAUAUCAAGUCAUGUUUUGAGAUGAAGGAGAUAAUAGCACCCGAUGUCAAGAAACAAGACGAAGAAGGAACAAGUAGCAGCGAAAAACAAAUUUUUCUCCCGAAAUUGAGAAAGCUGCAGUUGUGGUUUCUGCCAGAAUUGGAGAGCAUUAGCAAAGAAGAAAUAAAUUGUGGCGUUCUCCGAGAAAUCGACAUCCGAAAGUGCCCAAAACUCAGAAAGCUGCCUCUUUUUGUUGAUCCUCCGCCUGCAACUACAGAAAUCAAGAUAGGAAAAGGGUUGUGGGAAUCAUUGGAGUGGGAAAAUGUCAAUGCUAAAUAUGACUUGCAUCGUCAUUGUCAGUUCAUGCCCUAUUAUUGA